AUGGCGCGACGAAAUGAAUUGCUGGAGAACGUGGAAAGUUUGGAGAAGAGCUGCCGGAAGCUUACAGGAGAGAACAAGAAGCUUCAGAAAACUGUCGAAAAUCUGAGGCUGAAGAUUGAGAGACUGAAUGCCAGGAAAAAAGAUACCUGGCAGACAGAGAAUGAAAGGCUGUUGCUAGAAACAACAAAGUUUAAAUUUUGGUUUUCCACGGCCGUUGCUGUCGGCGGCGUGGUCACACAGGGGGUCCUGCUGCUGUGGGAGCAGUACUCUGAGUCAGAGAGCGAACACCACAGUUAUCACGCCCAACGAAGCCUAGCAGGUCUCCUCCUCCUGGCUCUGAGAGUGGCGCUGUCCCUCCUGCUGGCCUCCGUCCUCUACCAGAUCGUCUCCACAGAGAGGAGCACCCUGAAGAGAGACUUCUACCUCUGCUUUGCUAAGGGCUGCUUCCUGUGGUUCCUUUGUCACCCCGUCCUCGUCCUCAUGUCUGUGGUCUUCAACGACCACCAGAGGGAAAAGGUCAUCACCAUCGGCGUGAUCCUCUGUCAGUCCAUCUCCAUGGUGAUCCUCUACCAGCUCUUCCUGUCCCGCUCGCUCUACUGGGAGGUGUCCUCCCUCUCCUCCGUGUCUUUGCCGCUCACCAUGUCCAGAACGAACCACAGGGGGCGCCUAUGAGCACAGAUAGCGAGGUUACGGUGAGAACUGAAGCGUCUCUGUCAGACGCAGCAGGAGAUGUCCCCCUGCACCGUCCUCUGUCCCACGUUAGAGCUACCACUGAGCCGUGGACAGAGGACAGUACUUACUGCAACAUACUACCUCUGACUUCUAACUGGAGCCUCUGGGAUGCAAAAUGCAUGGCCAAGCAUGCAUCAGCUGGCGAGGUAGACGUCAGCAGAAAACCAUGAGGAAGAACUUGAGAGAGUGCAAAAUCACAAGCAAUCACAAUUAGAUUGUUUUUAAAGGCUUUACCUGCAAAUCGCUGAGUCAGCCACGAUUGGGGCAGUCUGCAUGUAGAUAGGCUUCCCCGCAACAGUUUUCAUUCCCCUUUUACCACAAGCUUGAGCUUAUUUUAUUAGCAUUUUAUGUGAUAGACCAACAUGAAUUAAAGUGGAAGGAUAAAAACAUGGUGUUCAGGGGUCAGUUUCAGUUUCCCAAUAAGCAAAACUUCAAUUCUGGUCUCUCCUGAGGCCUUCACAGAUCAUCUGGAUUUAAUUCUGAAAUGUAAUUACAAAUUAAUGGAUGCUGUUUACUAAUUGCUAGUAAAGACAGUGGAUUGUAUUCCAGGGUAUCAUCAGGGUUAAGGGAGAUGAAAACAAAUGUACGCCACUUCUAUGUUGGUGUGCAAUAAAUUUUUUGGUGUUUUUUAAUGCGUUCUAGCUAAACUUCUCUUUUUCCUAAUGAAAUCCUAAUAAAAUGUGGUUCUAGUGUGAGUAUUCAAGAGGGAAAAGAAAUCUCCAAUACUGACAUUUUUCCUCUCAAAAUUCAGACUUGUAGCGUAAAAUUCUAACUUAAAUCAUAGAAUGUCAGAAGUCUGACUUUUUUUUCUUGAUUUUUUCCAGAUUUCUGUCAUUAAUGUGAGAAUUUUUUAUUUUUAUUUUUUUUUUAAUUCUACACUGAAUCUCAGAAUUCUAACUUUUUUCUCUCAGGAUUCUGAUGUCAGAACUAUUUUUGUCUCAGCAAGAUUAGAGACUUUGAGAGAAAUUAAAGCAGCAUGAGUCUUUGCAUAGCCAACGUGAUUUUUAUGUUAUCAUUAUUUCUGUCACAAAAGCUGUACUGUUAUGUAACUGUCAACAUAAAUGUAUGAGCUGACAGCAUGUGAGGUGCAAACCAUUGAAACGACAUUAACUCUCUGUAGCUGCAGCGAACUGCAUGACUCUGAAUGGGCAGAAAUGGUGAGUUUUCU